CUGACGUGUGGACAAGUUUCGGCCUGAUCUUGACGGUACAUGAUUUCUACUUUCAUUUUAGUGUUUAUCAUCGUAUUCCCGGAAGGUAAUGUUGUCAUGGAAUUCAUAAACAACCUGAAAGUAAAAUAAGCUUCUAGGGUAUACAAAAGUAAGCACUUCUUCCAUCCAUGCCACCUAAAGAUACGAAAAGGAAAUCAGCCAAUCCGGCAAAGCGAAAAUCAAAGACACCAGGUCCAGAAUUACAACCGGUGGAAGGAAAUGAAUAUCUCCAGGAGUUAUACCAAGGCCAUCUCGAGAAAGCUGAAGAAGAAAAAACGAACCUAGAGACUCUUUUACAGAAGUCUGCAGCUGAAAUUGAACGAUUGAAGAAAGAAUUGACAAAGCAGCAGGGAACUUCACAAGGCAACAGUCCCCAGGACAAGAACCUUGCAGAACAACUAGAGAAUGAACGAAAAAAGUAUGAAGAUGACAUUGGAAAAAUAAAAGAGAAAUACGAAAAAGAACUAAAGGGGAGUAAAGAUGAAAUUGAAAAAUUAAAGAAGGACCACGAAAACGAAAUAAAGAGGCUGACCGCUGGCACGGAAAAAGCCAGAAAUCAGAGCACGGAAAAUCCUGAGGUGGAGAAACUUAAAGAACAACUAGAGAAAGAACGGAUAAGGAAUAAAGAUGAAAUCGAAAAAUUAAAGAAGGACCACGAAAAUGAUAUUAAGAGCACGGAAAAUCUCGAGAUGAAGAAGCUUAAAGAACAAUUAGAGAAUGAACGGAAAAAGACUAAAGAUGAAAUAGAGAAACUAAAGAAGGAUUACGAAAAUGAAAUAAAGAGGUUAACCACUGAAGCGGAAAAUUCAAGAAAUCAGAGCACGGAAAAUCCUGAGGCGGAGAAACUUAAAGAACAACUAGAGAAAGUACAGAAAAGGACCGAAGAUGAAAUUGAAAAAAUAAAGAAGGACCACGAAAAGGAAAUAAAGAGGCUGACCACCGACACGGAGAAGUCAAGAAAUCAAAGCACGGACAAUUCUGAGAUAAAGGCGCUUAAAGAACAACUAGAUAAUGAACGGAAAAAAUCUGUAGAUGAAAUUGAGAAAAAGAAGAGCCAUGAAGAAGAAAUAAAGAGGCUAUCCUCAGAAUUGGAAAUAUUGAAAAAACAGAGUGGGAAUGCUCUCCAAAGUUUAGAAAAGAAAUACGAGGAAGAAAAAAGUCGUGCAGAACAAUUGGCGAACGAAAACAAAGAAUUGCAGGAAGACAUUGAAAACAGGAAAGAACAGUCAAAAAAUAAGAAACAGCCGAAGAAUUUACCUGCUGGAGAUAUUGCAUCGUUGAGACAGGAAAAUGAAACUUUAAAAAAUAGACUCAGUCAGUUGGCAGGUGCCAAAUUAACUGAAGGAAAUCCUAAUAUUGCCGACUUGAGUGACAAAAACCGUCCUACAAAUCUGGCAGAACAUUUCUCAGAACUUUAUGACAAUGAGUGGACGGAUGCAUUAGAAGAAUUGACCGACACGGAAAGUAAAUCUGAGGAAGAAGGGAUUAAAAUUCUUUUCGAUAUAGUUAAGGAUGCCUAUGCAUUUUCUAGCAAGCAGGCGACAUUUUUCUAUGACUCUGUGUCAAAAGGAAUGGAAGGUUUUGGGCUGGAAAACCAUAAUAAAUGGCCACAUGGAUUAUCCAAGCAGGUCAAAGACCACAGGAAAUCAAUUUCAGUUUUAGUUGCGGGGUCUCUAGGCCAGGCAUUCUUGAAAAAUCAGAAAAAGAAGUAUGGCAAAGCAACGGCAAAAUACGCAGAAGCAUGUGCGGCAUUGUGUUUGUAUAUGUGUGUGCAGGACCCUGCAGUGUAUUUUGACUCCGAUAUGCCUAAAGGGAAAUUUGACAAAGAUAAGUACAGGGCUUACACGAAAUCUGGAGAAGAAUACGCUUUCCUUGUUUGGCCCCCACUCUUCCUUCAUAAAGAGGGACCAAUGCUUGGAAAAGGAAUAGCUCAAGGAUCCAAAUAACCAGUAAUUGCACAACAAAGAAGUUUCCAUCGUGUAUCGUCGACACAUAAAUUGAUUUUGAUCAAUUGUAACACUCCCAUUGUAAAUGCUGUUAUCAUAUAGAUUUUUUCUUGUUGAAGCAUAUAAAAGUUAUUUUAA